CGGUAGUAUUGACAACAUGUAUCAACACUUUAAAUAUUUAGCAAUAUUUGCAAUAAGUGUCUUACUAAUUUUAGAGUACAAAAGUAUUUCUUCAAUUUUUGUCAACAGUACGACAAGAAUAUGGCGACCUAACAAUUCUAUAAAAACAAUUCUCUAUUGGUCCCCCAUGUUUCGACAAAAGGACUACUACUUAGGUACCGGUCAAGAAAUUUUCGCACACUGCCAAUACAAAAACUGCAACGCAACCUACGACAGGAACUCCCUUCCAGUAGACCAAUACGACGCACUUAUUUUCCACGCACCAGACUACACCACAGCCCGGUACGGCAAACCCGAAAAACGCACCCCUAACCAGGUGUACAUUUUUGCCAAUCUUGAAUCUCCAGACCAAACACCGGUGGUAAUACGCGACUACAACGGUUUUUAUAACUGGACGAUAACCUAUCGAUCGGACUCAGAUAUAAUACGUCGGUACGGCCUGUACCGCAAACAGAACACUGGAUACACGGUACCAUCAGCUACGGAAAUUAGAAACAGAAAGAAAAAAAUCGCUUGGUUCGUGUCUCGGUGUCACGCUCGCAGCCAAAGAGAGAAACUUGUCGACCAGAUUAAGAAAGUGGUACCUGUGGAUGUCUACGGAUCGUGCGGUAAAUUGAAAUGUCCCGUGAAAAACAAAAACGAAUGUUACGACAUGAUGGAAAAAGAGUACAAGUUUUAUUUGUCGUUUGAAAACUCGGUUUGUGAAGACUACGUCACCGAGAAAAUGUACAACGUUUUGAAGAGGAAUGUAGUACCGAUUGUGUUUGGUGGUGCUAACUAUGAUGUUCUUGCGCCACCGAAGUCAGUGAUCAAUGUUUUGGAUUUUGAGUCGGUGAAGAAUUUGACGGAUUAUAUUAAGUACUUGGAUGCACGUCCUGAUGAGUACUUGAAGUACUUUGAGUGGAAGAAGAACUACGUUGUGGAUACGUCGCACAAAGAAGUUUUGUGUGAUCUGUGUAAGAAGCUUAACGAACCAAGAAAAACUAAAGUUUAUGGAAAUAUUUUCACGUGGUGGUUUGGUGAAAAUAUUAACAAAUGCUUUGACAAUGUUAUCUUGAAAAUAAUAUAGAAGUGUUACCUUGUGAAAUAGUAAACGGUUAGCCUUUGUAAACAGUUAAUUUAUGCAUAUUUUUCUAAGGUUGUCGACAAGGUGCAUUUCUAACUUGAAAAUAAUGCAGAUUUUUUUCUUAUGCCAUAUAAUCAUAUGUAAGUAACUUCGGAGAUGGUAGGAGACACAAUACCAAAAAUUACAAAAAUCUUGCAUUUUUUAACCCCUCCCAAAAAUGAUGACGUUAUCUAAACUGUCAUCUUUUCUUGACGUUUCAUGAUCCUAAAGUACGAAAAAAUUUUCAACUCAAAAAUUUACCCUUGAAUUAAAAUCAAAAUUCGUCAAAAAUGCAUUUUUAUCAUUUUAAACUGGAUUUACCGACCUAUUUAUAACUUUAUGAAACCACUGUUUGCAGUCGUAGAUAUGCAUUAUUAUAUCUCUGAAGUCUGACGUAUAAAUAGCAGAUAUUUUACUAAUCAGGAACUUUACGUCCGGUUAGUUCGAAAUGUAGCGUA